AUGCCAAAGACCCUCCUCGACAUCGUUAGAGAAUGCGACAACUUCCCCUACCAAGCCGACAAUCCAGAGUUCUACAAAGCAACCCUGGCAGAAUACUACGCCUUCAAAGUCGCCGGAUCCGCAUGUACACUGGGCCACGUCCCGCACGACAUCGUAUCCGCCUUCGACUUCAGCAGUUGCGGGUGGGCCGUUGACCACGACGCCCAGACAGUAACCCUCGGUCACAACCAAACAAUAGACAAGUUUAAUUUCGACCACGAGAAAUGGAGCUCGGCCCUAACAGCAACAAUGUCGACCACAACAGCAAAGAUGUCAAAAUCCCCGCACCCAGCCCUCUCCAAGCUCAGCACAACAUGGCGAAACGAGACCUUCCCCAUCGCGAACCCAGUGACCGGAAGGACCAUGCUCGAGAUCGAGCGCAGCGCGUCCGCCAUCUUCGGCAUCCUCACGAGCGGCGUGCAGUUAACGUGCUACGUUGAGGAUCCGGCUCGUGGACUCCUCCUGUGGAUCGCGCGCCGGUCGCGCACGAAGCAGACGUAUCCGGGGCUCCUGGAUAAUACGGCUGCGGGGGGGCUGGAGACGCGGUUUUCGACUUGCCCGCUUGAGGCGGUUGUACGGGAGGCUGUGGAGGAGGCGAGUCUUGAUGAGGAGAUUGUCCGGCGUGGGAUUAGGCCUAGUAUACGGAUUUCGUACUAUCAUGCUAAGGCUCCACGGGCGGAGGGGCCGGGGUUCCUGCAGCCGGAGGUGGAGGGGGUGUAUUCGCUGCGUCUUGAGCCGGGGGUUGUUCCUGUGCCUGGGGACGGGGAGGUUGAGGGGUUCUAUCUGUGGAGUGUGGAGGAGGUGCUGGGUGCGCUGAGGAACAGGGAGUUCAAGUUGAAUAGUGCGGUUGCGGUGAUUGACUUCUUGGUUCGGCGGAGGGUUGUUACGGCGGAGAAUGAGGCUGGGUAUGCGGAGAUUGUCAGUCGGCUGCAUCGGAGGCUGGAUUUGGAUUAA